AUGGAAAAAUCAUUGUCAGAUAAAAAUUAUCUUUUGAAAUCACAUUUACCUAGCAUUGGAUGCUUCUGCACAGUGCUACAGUAUGUCUCAAGCAAAUGCAUUCUUAAAGGCAUGCUCGCUAUGUUAUUCAAAGGAGGAAAAAGGUUUUAUUAGUAACACGUAAAGAUUUCAACUGAGUUUUCUGAUAUUCUUAUCAUAGACAAAAAUUCACCCAAAAUAAUUGAGAUUUCUUGCAACACUUUGAUAAGAGAAUGCUUGAAGAGAAUUUAAUAUAGUUCAAAAAGAGUUGGGUUUUACAAAAUAAUUGGAUGCGAAGAAUUGUAGGCAUUCAUAAACUUUUUAGUUGAGAACCCACUUCAUAAGGCUUAAAUUACUACUCUUAAGAUCUUGUCAUAGCAGGUCAAUGAUGAAAUAUCAUAUUUAGAGACAAGAAAUAUUCAUCUCUCUGAAUUGUUAAGCAGAAUUUUGCCUACGACAAUUAAGCACUUGACAUUAAAAUUUGCAUUAAGUUUUAAAUUGAAGAUAGUAAAAGUACAUGAGAAUAUUUGCAAUUAUUUGUAAAACACACCGAAUAUUCAAUCACUAAAAUUGGAAAGAAUCAUUAUAUUUGUUCCUGAAAUCGAUAAUAUAUGGGGCAAUUUUUUCAAAUUAAACCAGUCACUUAAGAAGCUUACAAUAAAAGAUUCUUCAAACAACUACGACUUUGGUGAGCAAUUUUGGAUGGGUUUAAAGCGCAAACCUGCAAAAAUUACACAUUUUAGACUGAUAAAUACUAAGUUAACAACAUAUUCGUUUUACUAUUUUACUGCAUUUCUAAGAAGUACUCCUUAUUUUACUUAAUUUGAAAUGAGAGGUUCCUGCUUCCAAAAAAUAACUGACCUUUCUGAUAAAAAAGUAAUUAACAACUAAACUGCUGAUUUCAAUCUUAUUGAUGAAUUAAUGGGAAGAAGGAUACACGACCUAAAGUUUUGUAUAAGCAAAGAUUCUCAUAUGUAUGAAGGAAAUGAAUAAAAUGCUUUUGCUAAUGUAAUGAAAGGAUUUCUGGGUGAAAAUAUUACCAUUUAAAAUGCAUCUAUCAAUGAUAAUAGAAAAAUCUCUUACUUAGUAGAUAAUCAUAGAGUAAAAAAAUUCAAGCUAGAAUCCUCAUACAUUAUUAAAUCACAAUUUGAUAAGCUCAUAAAAUCACUAGGAAUUCAGCCUAAUUUGAUCAGCUUCAAAUUAAAUUAAGUACUUUUGAAUAACAAAAAUAAAGAUUCCCUAAUUCCACUUGAGAAUUGCAAAAAUUUACAGAUUUUAUCCAUCUAGGAUACAGGUGAAGGUAGCUUUCAACUAAUUGAAAAUUUAGUAUCGAGGAUCGGAAAACAGCUUCGUUCAUUUGCUUAUGUUUCAACUAAAUCUGAUUCUUAACAAAGAUUUAGUCUAUUGAUUCAUCUUAACCCAAAAAUUCUGAGGAAACUGAAGAUACAAUGUGCCCUAUAUCAGAAAUACCCAGAUAUGGGCAUUGAGUUUCACGAUAACUUAGAGGAUAUUCAUGCUCUCUCUACUUUUAAUAACCUCCAAAAACUAAAACUUCAUCUUGAUUAUAUCUCACUUAACUCUAUUAAUGCUCUUGGUGACAUGCUAUCAGCUAUUUCCUAGAAUUUGAGGUAUCUUUAAAUUGAAAUUUAUAAAGAGUGCAUGGAUCUAUAGUUAAUGACAAUGACAACAUUUACUUCAAUUUCAUCAGAUGACUAUGAGAAAUAUUAGAAAAGGAAUUAAAAUAAAGAGGGAGUAAAAUAAUAUAUGGUUAAUUUUGCAGAGGGGUUAGGACUCUGCACGAGAUUGAUUGAAGUUAAAUUGCCAACAGAAUUUCUAGAUACUCCAUUCUUCGAUAAUUAUUAUGGAUUUAUAGAUAGAAAUGGUCUAGAUUCUAAUUUAUUUGUUAUGAGAAGUGUAUUAGGCUCACAAUAGACAAAACCUGAAAUUUACAAAAGCUUUUUAUUGUGA